AACAAAUGGUCGGGAGUCAUUACCAGUAGCUACGCUGAUUAUUUUCAGCGAAUAUUUUAUUCUCUCUGAAAAUUGGGAGUCUAUCUAUAUCUUUCUUUGAAGAAAAAGCUUCCAGAUCUCUUCAUCCAUGACUAACGUGUCUCAGACAAUGGAGACAGAGGAGGACCUCCUCACUUUACUCCACAUCAAGUUUUACCACCCUGAGCAAAACUGUAAAGGUCUCUAUGACUUGCUUCCCUUGGGGACCAGGAGCAGACGCUCUGCCGAUGAUCCUCUCAGGCUGGGUCGUGACAGCCAGGCCUGCACCUAUUCUCUGGUUGACCCCAAGGUGUCCCGCAAACAGCUGGCCCUAAACGCCUACCGUACACCCAAUAGCCCGGACAUGCUGUUCUCCAUUCAGAACCUGAGCCAGAGAGGGCUGUCAGUGAACGGAUCGUCGCUGGACUACCUGGAGAGAAUGGACCUUCCAGACAAGGCUCUGAUCCGGUUCUUAGAGUACGAGAUGCUCAUUAUUCGGGAGUCUGGAGAGGCAAAGACCAGUUUUGAGGUGGACAUGGAGGUGCUGACUGUACCUCCCUCCAGGGAGACGUGCACCUGUGAGUCUGGAAGGGCACCAGUCAUGGACACGGGUAUGAUGACUCAAAACAUGGCCUUGCCUCAAGAGACUGAAGAGACACUCAUCUGUUAUUCUAACUGAAUAUUACCAACAAACUAUGGACUUGUCAAAUAGAAUGGUAUGUCUACGAUGAUAUCGACUUCUAUUUAUAUUGCUUUGACCCAUCUGUCAUGACUAUCAGAAAGUUAAUAUAGCAGAUUAGGGUCGUCUUCAAGCUUAGCCAUAAAAUUAAUAUUUCCUGCAUUUGUCUCGAACUCAUUCCAAAACUUGUACAAAUGCUCAAGGAUUCCAUACAGCAACAAGUUUUUCUAGUUCUUUUAAGAGAUAAAAUUACAUUCCUUAUCUUUAGGCUCAGGUUACAGCAAUGAAACCUUUACAAAGCAACACAGUAUCACUAGAGAUGGGAUAUUGCAGUACAUCUUUAGUUAACAUACAAAUUAAAAAAAUACACUGGAAGUUUUAUUCUGAAUAAUAGUAAUAAUUAACUUUGAAUUAUAACAAUAAAUGAUUGUAAAAUUCUUUAACAUUUCCUCUUACAUUUGAAAGUAAAGUCAAUUAGCUCUAAAUCAAUACAAAAUUCUGCUUCUGAAUAUUUACUUUUCUUACACUAUGUUUAUAUACACUAUGACAAAAUG